AUGAAAUGGAUACGGGGUGCAAUGAAUGGCCAAGUGGUUGCUGGUGCAAAUGGACAAGGAAAUGGAGAUCAUCAGUUGUCUGACCCAUAUGACGUGAUUGUCGAUAAAAAGAGCGAUAGUCUCAUCAUCUGCGAUGGAUCGAAUAGAAGAGUGGUUCGAUGGCCUCAUCGAAAUGGAAGAAGUGGAGAAACAAUCAUCUCCGACAUUGCUUGCUGGGGUUUGACAAUGGACCAGAAUGGAUCUCUCUAUGUCAUUGACAAUGAUAAACAUGAAGUGAGACGAUAUCAAAGAGGAGAAUCUCAAGGAACAGUGGUUGCAGGUGGCAAUGGACAAGGAGAUCGUCUCGAUCAACUCUCUAACCCACGAUACGUAUUCGUCGAUCAAGAUCAUUCAGUAUACGUGUCUGAGUGGGAAAAUAACCGUGUGACGAAAUGGAUGGAAGGUGAAAAACAAGGCAUUGUCGUGGCUGGUGGUCAAGGAAAAGGAAAUGAUCUUACACAAUUAACAUAUCCUAAAGGAGUUGUUGUCGAUCGAUUGGGUACUGUCUAUGUGGCUGAUGACGGAAAUGAUCGAGUCAUGCGUUGGUCUAAAGGAGCAUCACAAGGAAGUAUCGUUGUUGGUGGAAACGGUCGAGGAGAACAAUUGAACCAACUCAAUGGGCCUGUCGGCUUGUCAUUCGAUCGAGACGGCAAUCUCUAUGUCGUCGAUUAUGGAAAUCAUCGAGUACAAAAAUUUUAUAUCGAAUCCAAUAAGUGA